AUAAGACGAUAUGUAUGAUGUAUCCUACAAGGGUACAACAUGGACAUAGUGUCUAUCUUUCUAUAAUUUGGUAUAUAUAAAACUAACUUUGACUCGAGAUAUGCCGUGCAAAGAUGACACCACAAUUGAGUAAUGCAGAAGAUAAAUCAAGAGACAAAAUAGAUACAAACAACCAACUAUUGCUUUAUUAGAAAUCGCCUAAACAAUUUAUUACAAGACUUAUUUAUCAGCUUUACACAGUCUGUUAACACCCUAACAGCUGCUACUAAAGAUUCCUAAUCUACCCAAACUUGUCUCUCUGUCGUCAGUACUUCAGAAACUGCUUCAGCACGACCCAAGAACACCUCUAAGAGAUUUUCACACUUCCUCUAUAAUAAUAGCCAGUGUCUUAUGGAAUACACACGACUCCAUAGCUCUUUUAUAGUGAUCCCCAUGUUCCUGAAACUCUAGUCUCCAAUGAACAUGAAUAUGGACAACUUCCAUAUCAAUAAGUACAUUUUCCUUUUCUUGAAAUGCACUUAUUCUUCAAGGCAUAAAUUUGCUCCACAAGUUUAUCUUUUGUCUUUUCUCCACGGUAUAAACUUGAUCCCACGCCAGCUCAGCAUCUUGCAUCCACCUGGUCUCCACCACUCUGCAUGCCUCCUGGUUCACUAUCUGACACACACUGCUUCAACAACUACUUCAACGACUACGUCAAGAUAUAAACUCUCAGUUUAUCCUUCUCCAUCUCAGCAUAUCUUGCAUCCCACAUGGUAAUCCACCACUCUGCAUGCCUUAUGUAGUAACGACUAAUGCAUACAUCAUCAAUGACUUCGUCGUCUAGUUAGUCACGGAAGACUAUUGAAAUCUACAAGCUCCACUUGCAUCUUCAUGCCAUCCAUGUUAUCUUUCUAUAGUUUUAUAACAUUUUAAUUAUAGAAGAUUGUCCACACGAAAACUUGUAUAUAUCUUGUGAAGAUAGUAAAAGGCAAGACAUUCUAAAAAUGGCUUGUUCAGAGUUGCAAAGAGCCAUAGAGAACCCAGUUCUUGAGCUCAAAAUUGUAUCAGCCAGCGACCUCAGCCAUGUCGAUGCCACUGACAAGAUGGACGUAUACGCCGUCGUUUCAAUUCACGGCGAAGGUACUCACAAGACACAAACGGCCAAAACACCCAUCGACUACGACGGUGGUUUGAAUCCGACGUGGAAUCACACCGUUAAGUUUCCCUGCAACGAAGAAGCAGGCCGUGAAGGCCGGUUAACCCUCAAGGUCGAGUUAUUUAGCUAUUUGCUCGAACGGAAGGAAGACCUUUAUCUAGGAGAAGUCAACGUCUCGGUUCAGGAACUUUUUGCCUCAGAUCCACGGCCGUUUGGAAACGGUAACGUCCAUAAAAUGAAGUCUAUGACUUGCCCUAUCAAAGUCACAGAGGAAGGAAGUACCAACGCAAGGUUGUGCCUCUUGUACCGGUUUAAACCACUGCCGGUUGAUGAUUCGUGUCCUCCUGUACCUCAGGAUCAUUCCCUCUCGAUUGGUCAACCCGUUUAUCCAAACCCGGAACAAGUAAUACCAGGUCAGCCUGUCGUAUUUUCCCCUCGGUUUCAAACCACCACGACCAAACUGAUCCUUGAGAUUGUGAUCAAGUUUGCCAAAGACAUUGAAGAUGUUAACGCCUUCUCGGCUAUGGACGUAUAUGCUUCAGUUGCGAUCCUUAAAGACAGGAAAGUUAAGGACAGGAUCAAUACCCCUGUCGCUUUCUCCGCAAAUACAAACCCUAAAUGGAACCAGACGAUUAAGUUUUCACUCGAUGAGAAGUUAGCUCAAGAAGGGCGUUUAAUGCUCCUGGUGGAACUGAUGAGCCACAGGCCUUUUCUUGGUGAUAAGGAAAUCGGAUUCGUCAGACUUCCAAUGGAACAACUAUUAGGCUCAAACCCUCCAGCCAGUGGUGAUGCUAACGGUAUGAAGCUGGAAACGCACGCUUUGACGGGUCCUUAUGGGAAAAAAGGUGUCGUGAACUUCACGUAUAGAUUUCUUGCGGAACAACUUAGGGUUUCAACGGUUCCAACACCGUCGACAACAUCCCAACCAUAUAUCAUGUAUCUACCGGUCUCGCCUCAUUCAUACGCGUCAUCAGAUCCGAUACAGUUGACCUCAAGUUAUGUGACUGUUCAACAAGGUAAAAAUGCCGGGCAGGGUAACGGACUAGUACCAAUAUAUAUGUCGCCUCAAUAUCAAUCACAUGGAUAUCAACAAUAUUCACCACGAAAUCCGCAGCCACCACCGCAACAUUCGCAGCUUAAGCCACUGACUCAGCAGCCGUUCUCUCAGUCAAUGCCGGAUACACAAGAAGCAUAAACUUGUUGUACUCGUCUUAAUUAUUGCGUGGAAAAUAAAAUGAUCUAAGUUUGAUAUGUAUUUUUAAAUGCUUGGACCAAUUUUCCUUCUUUUACUUUCAGUUGAUUUGUGUUGUUCCUCUCUCCAUUAUCUUGAAACUUAAUAUUUGCCAAGAGAAAUUUUCCAUCACUCUUUUUUCAUGAUAUAUUUUGACAUUUCCUGCUUUAUCUUUUCACUUUCAUUUUUUAAUAUAUGAAGUCUAUGUUGGUCAUUUUCUUGCUCUCUUUCCUUUUGUUUGUGUGGAACUAUUCGUAUGAGUAAUAGUGUCAAACCACUCGAACAGGCACGGAGCCGCAUCUGACAUUUUUCAUGAUGCACUUUUUAAUAUUAUUAUUACUGUAUAAUGUAAAAUAAAACUUUGAAGUGGGCCCUCUUAGGGCAUGCAUAUUAUCACUUUCGAGAAGAAAUUUAAAUGUCCACAGACUUGAUCCAGCUAUACUAUGUAAUAGAUAUUGAACCGUGCGGAUGAUUAUUUUUAUUUGUACACACAUAAUUAUUUGUUUUACGUGACUAAUUGUAAUAUUUACAAUUAUAUUGUUUGAUAUAAUAUUUUAAA